UAAAAGAAGCCCUGCCCUUUCAAAAACAGUCACUUCUGGAUCUUCACGCAGGCAGCCUGUGUAAAUCAUCUGACCAGACACAUCACAGCAACAUCACGUUACCACUCUGAGGAAGACCACAGUGAGCAGCUGAAACUAUCAGGUUUUUGCUGGAGGGUCUCAUCAGAAGGAUUCACUUUUGAUUAUUUAAGGGUGUUAAGGUAUCAGUCCUCAUCCAACUCUAUUGCACGACUGGACAUUAUAAUACACAGCACAAUGAAAGCAAGAACCAAAUCUGUGCAGUGUUGUACUUCUUUGUUUAAUAGGAAAUCAAAUAAAAUGGAAAAUAUGGAACCAGAACAAAAAACAGAAGACAACAGCCAAUCAGAUGAAAACUCAAAUAUUAAAAGUCCCUCAAAAGAAAACCUAGGUGUUAAUAAGGAAUCAGAAGAAAGCCUAACUAAAGAAGCCCUAACUAAAGAAGGCCUAACUAAAGAAGAAGAAGCCGAAAUCGAUGACAGCCUAACUGAAGAAAGCCUAACUAAAGAAGCCCUAACUGAAGAUGGUCAAACUGAAGAAAGCCAAACUGGUAAAGGUCAAUUAGAAGGAAGUUCACCUCUUAAAAAACAAUCAGAGGCCCUAAAACGUCUCCCUGAUGCAGUUAGAGCCAAAAGCACUUGUCUAGAAUCCAACACAUGGCAAGUUCCUGUUUAUCAAGUUCCUCUGGAAGAAGAACAGAUAAAUGUCGAUGGCUGCAGAUGGUUCAGAUUUGGAAAAGAUGACAUGAAAACAAAUCGUACCAUAAUGGUCAUGGGAGCAACAGGAGCUGGAAAGUCCACUCUGAUCGAUGGCAUGAUCAACUACAUUUUAGGAGUUCGAUGGGAGGAUGAGUACCGCUUUAAACUAGUCAAAGAAGUUCAGAAGGAAACUCAAGCUGUAAGUCAGACAUCUGAGGUCACAGUCUACAAACUCAACUACCGAGAUGGCUUCCAGAUAAACUACUCACUCACUAUCAUAGACACGCCUGGAUUUGGAGACACCAGAGGGAUAGAGAGAGACAGACAGAUCACAGAGCAGAUCCGUAACCUUUUCACAUCUGAAUCUGGAGUUUUUGAAAUAGAUGCAGUGUGCUUUGUAGUCCAGGCCGCUCUGGCGAGACUCACCCCCUCACAGAGAUACGUGUUUGACUCUGUGCUGUCAAUCUUUGGCAAAGACAUCGCAGAAAACAUCAGAGUUCUGGUGACGUUUGCAGAUGGACAGCGCCCCCCAGUUCUAGAGGCCAUCAAAGCAUCUGGGGUCCCAUGUCCCCUUGAAAAGGGAAAUCCAGUUCACUUCAAAUUCAACAACUCUGCUCUGUUCGCCAGUAAUAACUCUCCUACAAAAGAAGAGGAUGAAGAUGAGGAGGAGGAAGGAUUUGACCACAUGUUUUGGGACAUGGGCAACAAAAGCAUGAAGAGAUUUUUUGUUGCUUUGAGUAAAAUAGAAACUAAAAGUCUGACAAUGACCAAAGAGGUGCUGACAGAGCGAAAACAGCUGGAGAACCUGGUGGAGAAUCUUCAGAAGCAGGUCCGAGUUGGUCUCUCUAAACUUGAGGAGAUAAAACAGACUUCCCAAAUAGUGGAAACGCACCAGGCCGAGAUCAGCCGGAAUAAAAACUUUGAAUAUACCGUCACUGUCACUGAGCCCGUCCAGAUUGAUAUUUCUGGAACAGGCAUCUUCAUCACCAACUGUCAGCAGUGUCAUUACACAUGCCAUGAUAAUUGUGCAUAUGCAAAUGAUGCAGAUAAAAUAAAAUGUUGUGCAAUGAGAAGAUGGAAAGUGCACUGUAUGUCCAAACAAAUGCAUCUGGAAUGUGCAUUUUAAUCAGAAAUACAAAUGGGAAUACAAACAAGUAACAAAGAAGGAAACUAUUAAGGAACUGAAGGAGAAGUAUGACAUAGCUAAAGAUGCAAAAAAUACUGUUGAGGCUUUGCUGGACAAAC